GGUCCAUGCAAAAGCACAAACGUUUACAAGAAAUCUUGAACGGUUUCUCUCUUUUUAAUGCAGAGAUUUUCCUUCCCUUACUUUCUGUUAUAAAAAUUUAAAAAAGAAAAAGAGAAAGGGAAAAAGAAAAAGAGAUAGAAAAAAAUAAAAAUCCUCUGGCUCUUGCUCUUAUGCAUAUAUAUGUGCUUUCCAUUUCUUGAUUUGUCAUCCCCUUCUCUGCAACUAAUCAUUCAUAUCUCUCUCUUCGUAACACUAAUAUAGUCUUUUUCUUGAAGAAAACUUAGAUCAAAAGAGAAAGAGAGAGACAUAAUUAAUGGAUGUGGUGGGUGAUCUUUUGCCAUUCUUGGCUAUGGUUCUUGUACAGUUUGGCUUUGCAGGGAUGAACAUCACUUCAAAGCUUGCAAUGGACUCCGGCAUGAAGCCACUCGUUCUUGUAUCUUACCGGCAAAUCUUUGCCACCAUUGCGAUGGUCCCUUUUGCUUAUUUCUUCGAGUGGAAAACAAGACCCAAGAUUACCAAGGCUCUGCUGUUGCAGAUUUUCAUAUGUUCCCUCACUGGGGUAACUGGAAACCAGGUUUUUUAUUUUAUUGGGCUAGAAAAUUCCACCCCAACAAUUGGUUGUGCACUGACUAAUAUUCUCCCUGCUGUCACUUUUAUUCUAGCAGUUGUCCUCAGACAAGAAUCUGUUGGACUUAAGAAGAUAUCAGGGCAAGCUAAGCUGUUAGGGACAAUAAUAUGUGUAGGAGGAGCCAUGUUGUUGUCGUUUUAUCAUGGAGCAAUCAUUAAUGUAGGCGAAUCCAGCAUUCACUGGAAAUAUGCAGAUGAAAUGGGAAGCAGCAAUUCUGCUUCCAAAUCAAACUUCAUUUUGGGCCCUUUGCUUAUAAUGUUUAGCUCUGUUUGUUGGGCUAUCUGGUUUACACUUCAGGCUAACGUAAGUGACAAAUUUCCGGCUCCAUAUACAAGCACAUUGUUGAUGUGCUUCAUGGGUAGCAUUGAGUGCGUGGUCAUUGGCUUGUUUGCAAAUCACAAACCGUCCGAGUGGUCAUUGCACGCUCCAGGCAGGCUUGUUGCAGCUCUUUAUGCAGGAGUUGUAUGUUCUGCUCUAGCAUUUUCCCUCACCUCAUGGAGCAUCCAAAAGAAAGGAGCUCUCUACGUCUCAGUGUUCAGCCCCCUGUUGCUGGUUAUUGUGGCUGUUCUCAGUUGGGCUUUGCUGCGUGAGAAAUUAUACGUUGGAACUGCCGUAGGAUCUGUCAUGAUUGUUGCUGGACUCUAUGCUGUUCUGUGGGGGAAAGAAAAGGAGAUGAAAUUGAAGGCUAUUGAAGCAAUAGAAGCCUGGAAGGAAGGUGGGAAAGAAGAGAAAGGUGACCUGGAAUUGCAGCUGCCUGCAAAUUCCAACGGCAGAAAUGCUCCUGCCGCAAGCUAAAUGAUGAGAUAAAGAAACAAUGAAGCAAAAGCAAAUUAAGUUUUGUUUCAAUCCAUAAUUAACUUUGAGGUGUAUGUGGGUGAUUUUCUUUAAUUACCCGAUUUUAAGAAGCUAUUAUCUCUAAAUGCUAGUUUUUGCUUAAUCAAGAAGUUGAUUAAUUAAUUAUCA